AAGUAUUCACAGUAUACUAUUAUAAUUAUAUUUAAAUAUUGGCUAUAGCUAGGGUUCUCUUCCUCUAAAUUAUAUAAUAUUCAUAUUUCAUCCCUCUAUAUAUAUAGCUCUUAAUCCUUCAUUAAUUAUUCAAACGAAAAUAUUACUGAUCUUAAUUGAAAUUAAUUAGAGAUCGAAGGAGAUGAGUAGAGGAGGAAGCUAUGGCGGUGGACAGAGUUCGUUGGGCUAUCUUUUCAGCUCAUCAGAGGAAAAGCCACCGCCUCCGCCGCCGCUGCUGCCAGUUGAGCCGCCGUAUGGCGUCGAAACAAGCAGUUUAGAGAAGCCUCCCGUGAGUCGCAAAAGUAUUACUACCGAUUCUGGGCAGAAGGAAAAGAUCUCCAACAACUAUCACAGAGCUGAGGGUCCUAAUUUGGGCAACUUUCUUACUGAUCGGCCUUCAACAAAAGUGAAAUCCGUUCCUGGAGGAGAUUCAUCUCUUGGAUACUUAUUUGGAGAUAAGUGAUCAUCGCUACUGUUUUCUCCCAUUGUAUAUAGUCAACAACUCUUACUAUCAUUAUAUAAAAUAUAUAUAUAGAGAAAUAAAGAGUUUAAGUAUUUGUCAGUUUAUUCUAGAAUAGCUAGGGGAACUGAAUUUCCCAUAUCAAUGGAUUAAUUAAUUUAGAGUAAUUUUUAAAGUGUGUUUGCUUGGGUUGCAUAUUCUGAUAUAUGAACACUAAUUAUAAUUAGUAAGCACCCUUUAUAUGUAUAA